AUGUCCUCCACUGUUACUCCACCAGUUGUUGCGAACACUCGCCAAAUCGAUGGCUCGUAUCGAACUAUGGCAUUACGCCCAGGUGAAGAUUGCGCAGAUAUCCGCCAGAAGUAUCGGCCAUUCAUCCUUGACGAUAAUUCCACUGAGGACUGGGUCAACAGCUUGGACUUGACCACAGCAGUGGACAUGGCUGAACUCAACUUAAGAUCUACAAACGAGAGGUUAAAAGUUCUCGUACUGUAUGGCAGUCUUCGGAAAAGAUCAUAUUCACGUCUCGUGGCAAUGGAAGCUUCCCGCAUUCUAUUCCGGCUCGGCUGCGAUGUACGCGUUUUCAACCCAGAAGAUCUUCCGGUGAAGAACGAUACAGAUAUCGAUCAUCCUAAGGUGCAGGAGCUCCGAGGGCUUAGCUCGUGGAGUGAUGGACAUGUCUGGGUCUCACCCGAACAACACGGCAAUCUAACCGCUGUGUUCAAGAAUCAGAUCGAUUGGAUUCCUCUAACCACAGGAAGUGUCCGUCCCACCCAAGGCCGAACGCUGGCCAUUGCCCAGGUCUGCGGUGGGUCCCAAUCGUUCAAUGCGGUUAACUCUUUACGUCUCCUGGGCCGGUGGAUGCGCAUGUUUACUAUCCCAAAUCAAUCCUCGAUACCCAAGGCAUAUACGCAAUUUCCGGAUGAAGGUCAACCAGGAGAUCAAAGACUCAUGCCUAGUGAUAAUCGGGAUCGUCUUGUGGAUUGUAUGGAGGAGUUUGUCAAAUACACGAUCUUGAUGCGACCUCACGUCGGUCUUUUUGCUGAUCGCUUUAGCGAACGGGAGCAGAGGAGAUCAAAAGAGGCAAAAGCAAGCGCUGCUAUGGCAGCAUGA